GAGGAGUGGCAGCGGCCAGGCAGCGCAGUUUCGCGAAGGCUCUUGGCGCGCCGCGGCCCGCAGGCACCCGGCACGCGCCUUCCCUGCCGCCAGGAUGCCCAAGAGGAAGGUCAGUUCCGCCGAAGGCGCCGCCAAGGAAGAGCCCAAGAGGAGAUCGGCGCGGUUGUCAGCUAAACCUCCUGCAAAAGUGGAAGCGAAGCCGAAAAAGGCAGCAGCGAAGGAUAAGUCUUCAGACAAAAAAGUGCAAACAAAAGGGAAAAGGGGAGCAAAGGGAAAACAGGCCGAAGUGGCUAACCAAGAAACUAAAGAUUUACCUGCAGAAAACGGGGAAACGAAAACUGAGGAGAGUGCAGCCUCUGAUGAAGCAGGAGAGAAAGAAGCCAAGUCUGAUUAAUACCAUAUACCAUGUCUUAUCAGUGGUCCCUGUCUCCCUUCUUGUACAAUCCAGAGGAAUAUUUUUAUCAACUAUUUUGUAAAUGCAAGUUUUUUAGUAGCUCUAGAAACAUUUUUAAGAAGGAGGGAAUCCCACCUCAUCCCAUUUUUUAAGUGUAAAUGCUUUUUUUUAAGAGGUGAAAUCAUUUGCUGGUUGUUUAUUUUUUGGUACAACCAGAAAAUAGUGUGGGAUAUUGAAUUAUGGGAGGCUCUGGCUGUCUCGGAUGUCAGCUUAACAUUCCAUAGAUGGGGGGUUAGUUUUUAUAUCCUAUAAUACAAAGCAUAUUAAAUGGCAAUAUGGAGUCAGUCCUGCAUUUAAUGUCUUGAACAUUUUAAAUUACUUCUAUUCCCAUGUUGUUUUUUAGUAGAAUUGUUUCCUAAAGAAAACCACUCUUUGAUCAUGGCUCUCCCUGUCAGAAUUGUGUGCACUCUGUAACAUCUUUGGUUGUGGUAGUCCUGUUUUCCUAAUAACUUUGUGCUGUGAAAGAUUACAAAUUUGAAUAUGUAGUGUACGUGCUAUUGAGUUGUGAACUGGUGGGCCGUAUGUAACAGCUGACCAACAUGUGAAGAUACUGGUACUUGAUAGCCUCUUAAGGAAAAUUUGCUUCCAAAUUUUAAGCUGGAAAGUCACUGGAAUAACUUUAAAAAAGAAUUACAAUACAUGGCUUUUUAGAAUUUCGUUAUGUAUGUUAAGAUUUGUGUACAAAUUGAAAUGUCUGUACUGAUCCUCAACCAAUAAAAUCUCAAUUAUGAAAAUA